GGGCGGGGAUAUGCAAACGAGCCCUCCCGCGCCUGCGCCCAGCGCGGAGCCGCCAUGGCGGCGCCGGGGGAGGUGUGCGGGCGUGGGGGCAGCGCGGCCCCGGCCUCGCCGUCCCCGCCGUCCCCCUCCCAGGGCUGCUCGGAGCCGCGGCUGCGGGACACCCCCGAGGACAUCUGCUUCGAGGCGACGGCCAACGCCAUCGCCCUGCACCCAGCCCGGCCCCUGCUGGCGGCGGGGGACGUGGACGGCGAUGUCUACCUGUACUCGUACUCCUGCACGCAAGGGGAGAACCGGCAGCUCUGGUCGUCGGGACAUCACCUCAAGUCGUGCCGGGACGUGGCCUUCUCCCAGGACGGGCAGAAGCUCCUCACUGUGUCCAAGGAUAAAUCCAUCCACGUCUUGACGGUGGAGGAGGGACGGCUGGAAACACGCUUCCCCAAGGCCCACGGCUCGGCCCUCAACUGCGUGCUGCCCAUCGACACCCACCUCUUCGCCACGGGCGACGACGAUGGGGGGCUGAAGGUGUGGGACCUGCGCAAAGGGGACGCCGUCUUGGAGGCCCGGCAGCAGGAGGAGUACAUCAGCGCCAUGGCCGUGGACGGGAACGGGAAGAUCCUGCUGACCGCCAGCGGCGACGGCACCCUGGGCGUCUUCAACGUGAAGAGGCGGCGCUUUGACCUGCUCUCGGAGCCGCAGAACGGGGACCUGACAUCUGUCGUGCUGCUGAAGAGAGGGAAGAAAGUGGCGUGUGGCUCCAGCGAAGGCACCAUCUACCUCUUCAACUGGGACGGCUUCGGGGCCGCCAGCGACCGCUUCGCUCUGAGGGCCGAGUCCGUUGACUGCAUGGUCCCCAUCACAGACAGCAUCGUAUGCGUGGGGUCCCUGGACGGAGUCAUCAGGGCGGUGAAUGUCCUGCCCAACCGGGUGCUGGGCUGCGUCGGGCAGCACGUGGGGGAGCCCAUCGAGCAACUGGCGGUGGCCCCGGGGGGGCAGCUCUUGGCCAGCUGCGCCCAUGACCAGAAGGUGAAGUUCUGGGACAUCUCGGCCCUGGGGGGGCUGGUGGUGGACGACUACCGCAAGAAGAAGAAGAAGGGGGUGCCGCUGCGGGCUCUCAGCGGCAAGGCGGCGGGCAGCGGGGCCGAUUUCUUCGCCGACCUGCGGGACGAGGCCGAGCCGGAGGCAGCAGCGGGGAGCGACAGCGACGACAGUGACUGAGGGGCCGGGACCCCAGGAUGGGGGGGAGGUCGGG